UGGCUAUAAAUAGGGCGGCCGGCGCAGAGGCGGGAGCGCAGAGCGUUUAAAAAAUAACCGGCCGACUCCUGUCGACACGCGGCGGCAAUGGCUGGCGGAAAAGCGGGUAAAGACUCCGGCAAGGCGAAAACCAAAGCGGUUUCCCGCUCGCAGCGAGCCGGGCUGCAGUUUCCGGUGGGUCGGAUCCACCGGCACCUGAAGUCGAGGACGACGAGUCACGGCCGGGUGGGCGCCACGGCGGCGGUGUACAGCGCGGCCAUCCUGGAGUACCUGACCGCAGAGGUGUUGGAGCUUGCAGGAAAUGCAUCCAAAGACUUGAAGGUGAAGCGCAUUACCCCUCGUCACUUGCAGCUUGCUAUCCGAGGAGAUGAAGAGUUGGAUUCUUUAAUCAAGGCCACCAUUGCAGGGGGUGGUGUCAUUCCACACAUCCACAAAUCUCUAAUUGGCAAGAAGGGCCAGCAGAAGACUGUUUGAGGAUCAAAUGCCAUUUUUAUUUUUUUUAGUUCAUUAUCUCAGGACUCCGUCUCUGUUUAAUCAGCUGUAGAAAUUUUGGAGGAUCUGGCUGGAAAGACACUGGACUUCUGAAAUGUGAUUAGAAAAACUUUUUAUCUCCAUAUAUGGGGGGAGGGGUCAUUUUAAAAUAAAGCUUAACAGUAAUAGUUCCCUGUGCAAUGAUAUUGGGAAGAAAAGUCUUGACUCUGGUGGAACUGAGUGAGCUAGAGAUGUUCUCUAGUUGCUGCCUUUUUAAUGAGGCCCUAAUGCAAUGUUAUAAAUACAGGAAGAGCUUAUUGCUUGUAUAACUUUAUUUUUGGAGUGAAAUUGAAUCUGGAUGGGUUGUCUGACUGUCUACUUUGGGUGAAGUUUUCAAUAAAAUGCAUUUAAAAACA